AUGUAUAAACCUCCCCCCGGACCUCCUCCCGGCUGGACAGAAAAUAACAACCAGUACCAGCCCCCGCCAGGUCCCCCGCCAGGCUGGACUGGUACAGCAAACACUCAGCAGCAAUAUCAACCUCCUCCAGGCCCGCCUCCAGGUUGGUCAGAAAGCAAUAACAGCAACCAGCAGCCUCCACCAAAAUACACCCCUCCUCCAGGCCCCCCUCCAGGUCCUCCUCCCGGAUGGACAGACACCAAGUUUGACCCAGCAGCAGAGCCUCCCCCAUACCAUAACUGGGAAGAGGCUGUCCCCGAUACAUCGACGCUGCCACCGCCACCGAGUUUUUCGCAGUUUGCGUCGCAGACGGGGAAUGCGUCGGAAGAUGAUGCAGAACGUGCACUUGUCUUUGUUCAAUCGAAACCAUUAUGGAGACCGGUUCCGCCCCCCGAAGCUGUCUACCGUAGUACUUUACAGGGUGACAUCCGCCCUGUACGGCCAGCCGAAUUCAAAGGCGACCUAAAAGUCUAUGGAAAUGGGAAGUGGAGAGGCAAAAGUGCCAAAAACUGUACCGACUGUGUCAUCAUAUCCAUGGUCCCACUAUACUACGCCAUGCGAGAUUCGCCACUGCAUACGGAACGCUCCAAAACGAUAUACUUUGAAGUCAAGAUCCGUAGUCUUCAUCAACGGUUUUCUCGCGGAGAUGAGUCUGGGCUGUCGAUAGGGUUUCUGGCCCAGCCAUACCCAACCUGGCGUUCUCCCGGUUGGGAAAGGGCUAGUGUGGGUGUCUUUUCUGAUGAUGGCGGUCGCUUUGUAAAUGAUCCAGCUGGGGGCAAACCAUUUACGGAGCCUUUUAAUGUUGGGGAUACGCUGGGAUUGGGCAUGACGUUCCACUUGCCUGAUGGGAAUACCCAGUAUCAAGCGGCAGCAGCACCCACGCCAAAGGCGAAGGUAUUCUUCACUCGAAACGGGCGCGAGUCUGGUGGUUGGGAUCUAGAUGAGGAGAUGGAUGCCGAGGCUGGUGGCAUCCAGGGGCUUGAAGGCGACUUUGAUCUGUAUGGAGCUAUUGGCGUAUUCGGGGGCGUGGAGUUUGAAGCCUGCUUUGAUCGCAUGCGUUUUCCCUCGGCAACUCUGCCUGAGCAGACAUGGAAUAACUACAACUUACACAACCCAGCAAUGCCUCGCUCGAGGAAAUACUCAAAUGCCUCGUCAGAGUCCUCUCUGCCAGAGCGCAACCAAGAGCUUGAGAGCAUGUAUGACUACCUGGCAAAGGUCAUUUUGGUAGGCCCGAGUGGCACAGGGAAGUCAUGUCUCCUCCAUCGGUUUGUCAAGGACGAAUGGCGGGUCCUUUCAUCCCAAACGAUCGGAGUCGAAUUUUCCUCAAAGAUAGUCAAGGUCGGCACAGGCCCACGUCGGAAACGAAUCAAGCUACAAUUGUGGGACACUGCUGGCACCGAGCGCUUCCGGUCUGUGUCAAGGUCGUACUAUCGCGGUGCAGCGGGGGCUAUCCUUGUGUACGACAUCUCCUCGUACAGAUCCUUCACCGCGCUGCCGACGUUUCUCAUGGAUGCGCGCGCCCUGGCGUCGCCGAACCUUACUGUCUUGCUGGCUGGCAACAAGACCGAUCUUCUCGACGAGUUUGCGGCCGACGAUGACGAUGAAGAUAGUGAUGAUACCGAAAAGGCCCCCUCGACGUCUCCCUCGAUGACUUCUGCUAGUAUAUGUAGUAAACAAUCGUCGUCUUUUGCCUUUGAAUCCAGCGGCGGCUCGAUGCGCUCUAUCGCGGGGCCUAGCGCUGGCACACGUCUGACGGCAACGACCUCAGCCCACGGCCGCGAAGUUAGCGAUUUGGAAGCGUUGGAAUGGGCAAGAAAGUCGAAUAUACCUGUGGCGGUGGACGUCUCGGCGCUUUCCGGGCGCAAUGUCGACGAGCUGUUUAAUCGACUGGCCCGGAUGAUCCUCACAAAGAUCGAGCUGGGCGAGAUCGACCCUGAUGAUCCGCAAAGUGGCAUUCAAUAUGGUGAUGCCGGGGUAUGGCCCUCCUCCUUGGGCGACGGUGGUAGCAUCCGCAGCGGCCUUACUGUCGACGACAACAGCAACCAGUUACACAAGGGGCGGAGCACAAGGAAACAAGGUGGUGGUGGUGGUGGUGGUUCCUGGACGAGCAGCGCCAGAGAAUGGGAGUCGGUAUUCCGAAUACGCGGAGGUCAGAGGGGCAACAGGGGCUGUUGCUAA